AUGCUGGAUUUUCUUACAAAUGCCUGCCAGGGCAGAGGGCUCUCCAACUCGGACAUUGACUGGUUGCUGGGGAUCAUUUUCCAUCCCGACUUCGACAGGACAGAACUGAGGUUUCGAAAUGCAAAAGAGUUUCGCAAGUUCCAAGACGGCCUCCAGGCGAUUCAGAAUGCCAUGGCAGCAAUGGAGCUGGACGGUUUGGUGCCAGAUGAGAAGGAAAGGAUCGAUGGCGUCGUCGCUGCGGUCGCUAUGUACAGCGACCCAACUGCAGUAUCAGGUGACAUGAGUGUAACAGGGUGGCCGGUCACCCUGACAAUCCGGAACAUCGGUUCAUCGGUGCAGCACCGCGGGGAGUACGCCGUCUUGGUGGGGGUUGUAUCGCAGCUCCAAGAGCUCCCAGAGUUCGGAUUCAUUGCAUCCUCGCGCGCUUUCAAGGAGCGGCGCUCAACCCUCCUGUGGCAGUGCGAAACACAGAUCUUGGCUCUCUUGAAAGCCGCCAGCUCAAGAGGUGUCUUCAUGCGAGACCCCUGGGGCGUCCUUCGUAAGGUGUACCCGGGGCUUUACUCGUACAGUUGUGAUCUCCAGGAGGCCUACAAGCUCGGCGUUGUCAAAAGCGGUCGGUGCCUUGACUGUCUGGUUCCUCCGAGCGAGUUGAACGACCUGGAGGGCCGAUGGCCCGAGAGAUCGGAGGCCUUCAUGGGCAGGGUGGUGGCAGCGUGUACCGCUGCUCUAGAAGAACGAGAGCCGGGGGUGGGCUGCCUUUGGAACUGGUACGAGGGUUUGGACCUGCCCGAAGACGUGCGAGACUCCUAUCGAGCCCUCGUGCCUGACCCCCUACACGGCAUCUACCUCGGCAUCUGGCUGUACUUGGUCGACGGCAUCCGAGAUUGGGCCAAAAGGCGGUACUCCUCGCAGCUUGCGGCCAAAAAGGUGCGGACAAUCGAUGCACGUCUGCGAGGGAUGCCUCGUGAAUCCGGCUUCCGACUGCCGAGGCGCAAGGGCGUGUACAUGGAGAAGAAGAAGACAUUCAAGGCCUACGAGCAGCGGAAUAUGAUGCAGUGGAAGCGACUACAUCUGAUCUGA